AUGCCGCCGGAUACGCUCAAAGUAAGAAGCAAGGCGGCCCACCCAACUACAGAGGUGUCGAUAUCGAGCAAUAUCACGCCUACGCUUCUGGCGUCGGAGGAGGGGUCGACCCCAUCAAGUCAGAGACAACUGCAUCUGAAACAAAGCACAAGCAUGGGCAUGGGCAUGGGCACGGGCACGGGCACAGGCUCAAAAAACAUGGAGACUGACGAGAAACCGCUUCGUCAAAAUCUUAUAGGCAAAGUGGCUAAUUUGCUAAAUCGUUCGAUCUCAAGAUCCAGAGAGAACUCGGUGUCGUCGAUGGCCUCGGCAAGCUCUUUGCCUCAUAUCGGCAGCCAUUCAGGGUUGGAUCCUGUGCAAACACUGAUACUGGAAAUUCCCUCCCCAGUAAGGCCUCGUCUGCGGUUGGUGAAGGAAACGAACCACGUUUCGUUGGAGUAUGACCCGAUAACCCGCAGAAAAGUGCUUAAUACUUAUGAAAUCAGGGGCGAAAUCGGACGUGGCGAACAUGGAAAGGUGAAGUUGGCUCGAGAUUUGACCUCUGGUGAUCUUGUCGCCAUCAAGAUUGUCAACAGAAAGAAUAAGAAGGAGCGCCAUUUAUUAAGCCACAGAGGCUCCAUUGCUGCUCCUAAUCAUCCAUACAGCAACUACGAAACGAAAAUUCGCCGAGAAAUUGCCAUUAUGAAAAGGUGUGACCACAAGUAUAUUGUCAACCUCAAAGAAGUUCUCGACGACCGAAGGUCCCACAAGAUAUACUUGGUCCUCGAAUACUUGGAGAAAGGGGAAAUCAAGUGGAAGCGUCUGACUCCUAUUGAGCAUCCCAAGCCGCUUGAUGCAUCAGAAGACUCCAACAUCCCAUGUUGUGAAUCGAACAGCGCCCGUCAUCCACCAGAUGCGGCUUCUUUGGACUAUAAUGAGUUGCUCACGGACAUCUACUCACCCAACUUAACAUUCAAGCAAUCCAGAAAGGUUUUCAGGGACGUCCUUCUAGGGCUCGAGUACCUUCACUUGCAAGGUAUAAUUCACAGAGAUAUCAAACCUGCCAAUCUCCUUGUUGGAAGCGACAACACCGUCAAGAUCAGCGACUUUGGUGUUUCGUUUGCAUCCUACUUGGGCAAUACCGGUGAAGGUUUUAGCAUGACAGAAGCGGAACUCGCCAAGACUGUCGGAACACCAGCUUUUUUUGCUCCUGAGCUUUGUCGUACUUCCAUCUCUGCAAGCAAUAGUACUAUAAAGAUGGAUGCUUUGGAGCCACUGACAUCAAACUCCGAUGGCGGAACCGAAACCCCUCGUAUCACGCACAAAAUUGACAUAUGGGCAUUGGGUGUUACUCUUUACUGCCUCCUAUUCGGCAAGGUGCCCUUCAACGCUGACCUGGAGUUUGCAUUAUUUGAUGUCAUCGUUAAUCAAGAUGUGAAAUUUCCUGAGAACAGACAUGCGUUCAAUUCGCCACAAGAGGUUAGUGAAGAAGAGUUCGAGCUUGCUAAGGACUUGCUCAAAAAGCUAUUGGACAAAAAUAGUGAAACAAGAAUCUCUAUACGUGGAAUCAAGGAGCAUCCAUUUGUUUUGAUGGAUUUAGAGGAUGACCUUGAUAAGCUCAAUGAGUUCUUUUUCAUCAACUCUCCGGAUACUUUUGCACCAUUCGACUCGUUGAGUAAAAGUCAAGAGAUCGGUAAAGAUGAGCUCGACGAUGCCGUCAUUGGCGUGGGAGCUCGCAUUCGUGGAGGCAUUCUUCAGGCUAUAAAGACAAAGGAUCCGGACGCUCUUCGCAAAGCCGCAUUAAAGAUGGAUUCGACAUCUUCAAGUGACGAGUCCACCAACUUGGCGUCUGGAUCACACGCCAAUUCAUUUGCGUUGAACUACUCCGCCAACCCUUCCCUUAUAUUGCUGGAAGCUGUCCAAACACCGCCCAUGGCAAGUUCGAAGUUACACACUUUUGAUUCCAAUUCAAACCCCAGAUCUUCGAUCACUACAGGUCAGCAAACUCCCGAAUCAUCUCAGCUUUCACGUCAGAAUACAGGUAGCCGUGCAUCUGUUGUUCUCAGUCGCAACAACCUACUCUUUCAAGACGUACUUGAAACGAACAGCUCGUCUUCAAGCAGAAAAGGUAGUGUCAAUGGUAUGCUGGAGGCACCACAGAUCGAAACAAAAAGAAAUGUUGGAGGCGAUCUUUAUUUAAAGAACCAGUCAGUGAUAGAUACCUUCAAAGGAAUCCAACAACUCGAUCAGAAGAGAAGAAAGUCCAGUGCAUUUUUACAGCAGAUAAGCACACCUUCAAGUCCACGACCUAGCAGAACAGAAUCUGUCAAUGGCACUGAAUAUAAGCAUCCGCUUUCUCAACCUCAAGCCAUUCCAUCUUCAUCAGACUCUUCGGUUCAAAGCAAAAUCAAAGUUGGUCCCAUAAGUAUUGAUAAGCGACGUGCUUCCUCAGUCAUCUCCUUACCUUUGACUGAGAGCUUUGCGUCUCUAGAUAGCUUCAAUGACGAAUAUUUGACUCAUAAAUAUAAUGAGUUCAGAAAGAAGAAACAGGCUGGGGCUUUGCCGGAGCCAGGAAUAAUCAAUUCCGAUCCAGCAUUGGGUGAAAAUUCUGAGGCGUUCAAGUCUAUCAAUGAAAAGUUUAGAAACUUUAAUUUGGGCUCGCUGAUGUCUGGUGCCAAAAACUCAAACGGCGCGAAGUUUAAUGAGGGUGUUGCCCCAAGAUCGAGGCUCCUGUCUUAUUCAACAGAGUCGAGGUCACUGGCAUCACAAUCUUACAGCAGCUGUAGCGGAAGUGGUAGCGGAAGUGACAGUGAAAGCGAUGAAGAAGCCGGGAACUUGACAUUGAAAUUUUCAUCUAAAGUGGCACCUCGGGGCCGCCCACCCUUCUUAUCGCUCAAUAACAGAGCUCAAUCGCACGACUCAAACUUGCCUGACCUAAUACAUCAUCCAAAUAAUAAUGUCUACGAUGUUCCAGUGGUUUUUCAAGACGACCUACUCGAAUUCGAGGACGUUCCAGAGAACUUGAUGGGUAACGUUCUGAAGGUCGCAAAUACAGACAUGACCCCGUCGAUCUCGCUCCUUUCGCAGGGUUCCACGUCCACGCUCACUAACGAUAAUGCUGAACAGCAUCAAAUCCUUCAAAUUCCUCCAAAGCAGUCAGUGCAGCAUUCGCCUUUGCGUAAUCAAAUCAAGAUUGACACUCUGCUGAACAGUAAUUCACGGGAGGACUUACAAGAAAAAGUGAAUAUGGCUAUCUCGAAUGUCCCCAAAACACCUUUGAGAACGGGUUACUUCAGAAAUCAUUACAAAAAAGAACCUGUAAACUCACCUUUCCCGAAAUCAAAGCAUCUUGAUACUGAUAAGGAGAGUUUUGUGAAGCGGAAAAUGAGAGAAGGCACAGAACUUAAAAGGCCCGUCUAUCAACGAUCUAACUCCAUUACUUUGGGGUUACUUCAACAUACCAGGCCUGAUCCUACUAGUGAGGAACCCUUAUGA